GGUGAAGAUGGUUGUGCUGGUGAUGUUGGUGUUCGUGCUCUGCUGGCUGCCCCUGCAGAUCAUCAGCUUAUACGCCAUAUUCGCCAUCGAUGCAGUACACAAGUUUGCGCCGUCGUGGUUUGAGAGCGUGCACUUCCUGGCGUACUUCAUGGCCUACAGCAACUCGCUCUGGAACCCCAUCCUCUACGGCGGCUUCAACAACAACUUCAGGCAGGGCUUUGCCCGCCUCUUCCUGUGCCGUGGAAAGCGAAAGUUCAGCGCCCGCAACGACAGGUCAAGGGACAGAAACGGUUACACAGCUCCUCUGAUUCAGUUGCUGCCUUUGCACACGGCUAGCUCUCGGAGAACGCAGAUGACCACGACCCGGUAGAAGCUUGGAGCCCUGCCAUGAGCACGGGUCAGUGAGCUCGGCUGAAGAGCUCCAACGGCCACUAAGCUGGACUGAAGAGCUUCAACCUCUGAGACACAAAGGGGCGCGCGGUGGGAACCCUGUGACGAUCAGCUGCACAAGCGACACCGCAGCGAGCGCGCCAGCGCUGGUGGUGAUGAUCGGCUGGGUGAAGAAUAGGGACAAAGUGGUUUACAGUCUGGUGAUCACCAGGGAGA